AGAGGUGAGCACAGACUGGUAACAGGACCUUCACUGCUAUAAGGAUUAAUCUGCACUGCAUUUUUGGUGGGAUAUUUAAAAAGCUUUGUGCUAUAAAAACAUAGCGAUGGAGUGGAGGAUUAUACUACCUGUUCUGUGUCUGAUUGGGAUCCUAAAUCUGCCUGGAUAUGUUGUUUCUCAACAAGCCGUAACACCUUCAGCAACUUCAACUACAACAACUACAGCUACAACAACGACUACAACUACAGCUACAACUACAGCUACACCAACUACAUCUACAACUACGACUACACCAACUACAUCUACAGCUGUGACUACAACAACUACAGUGCCUACAUCUACAACCACUGCAACUACACAUUCAUCUGGAGCCACAACAGCUUCAACUGCAUCUGGAGCCACAACAGCUUCAACCGCAUCUGGAGCUACAACAGCUUCAACCGCAUCUGGAGCCACAACAGCUUCCACUGCAUCUGGAGCCACAACAGCUUCCACUGCAUCUGGAGCCACAACAGCUUCCACUGCAUCUGGAGCCACAACAGCUUCCACUGCAUCUGGAGCCACAACAGCUUCUACAGCUGGAAGUCAAGCUACGACUCUACCUGCCAAUGUUCAAUCUGUUAAUUUGAUUUUCAAGAUUGAGGAUCAAUUCCAGGCAUACUACAGUGACUUCACUGAUCCAAGGACCAUAUCGUAUGUGCAAAAUAUCACAGCUCAGUUUAAUACAGUUUACAAGAAAAGUUAUCAAAACUACAUCAGGAUGAUUAUUAAAAAGCUGAGUUCUGGCUCUGUUGCGGCAGAUGCUGAUUUUCAGUUUAAUACCAGCAUUUCCUCGGCUCCUAAUGCCACCGAUGCGAAAAACACCCUUGUUCAGGCAAUUAACAAUAAAGAAUUCACCUUUACAAUAAAUAGCACAUCCAUCACUACUGUGGACGGAUCGAGUACAACAGCUUCACCAGUUACUACUCAAACUACAACAGUAGCCACAACGGCUGUAGUCCUAAGCAACUAUAAUAUCACCUUCAAAAUGGCAGGUGUCUUUUUCAGUGAUCUGGCAAACCUCAACUCUAAAGCAGGUAGUCUUCUGUCAUUGGCAGUCAGCGGUCAGCUGAAUUAUUUUUACAGUAAUUUCAGAGGCUUCAAUGGUGCAAACGUUUGGCGGUUCAGGAAUGGCUCCAUUUAUGUAGAUGCUUUGCUUGUAUUUAUCAAAAACAUUAAUGCUCCUAACGCAACAGAGCUGGCUAAAGAAUUAGGUGCUGCUGUCAGAAACCAAACAAUCUUUUUGCCAAUUGAUCCUACAACUAUCAACAUAACAGACUUCACAGGAUUCAGUGCGAGCAAGUCUCCGGUGCUGGCUAGUAUGCUAACAGCAUUGUGGAUGACCUUAGCAUCCCUUCUGUUGUCAGCUGUGAUGCACUAAGCUUCACAUUCACUGCAGCAAAAACACCACAUCAUGCUACUACACAACAAUCAUGGUUGUGGUCACACUCAGAAUCAGAAAAUCAAGAUGCAAACGAGUCAAGUUAUGAUCUAGCUUUAUCAUUUACUAGUCUUUCUUGUCACAUUUAGCCUGGUGAUACAUAUGGUAUGUGUGAGUUAAAGUAAUUUAGUCUCUGCUUUACAAAAAGCACAUUGUUACACAAUGCACAUUGAGGAAUAAUGAGGAUUGGUUUAUUAAAACCGAAUCUGAACAAUCCUCUAUGCCACAGAAAUGGCACAAGUGGAAUUUAUCUAAAGAAUGAAAUGUAUCUUUAUCAAUGUUAAUUAGUUAUUUUUGUAACCAAAGUACACAUGUGAAAUCUAUGUAUUUAAUCUGAGUAACAUAAAUGAAGAAUUGUUCUGAUGAAUGAUCUGUAUAUUGUUUUAUGAAGUACUGAUGUUUAAUAAAAUGAAGGGGAAUCCUGUUUUCAUUUGUAAUGUCUGCAAUUUUCCAAAUAAACACUAUACCUACAUUAA